UUAGAGCGUUUAGCGCUGAAAAUAAAUUUAUUUCCACUUUUAAUAAAUAUCAGAAUAAGCACACUGCAGCGUGGAUUAUUUACAUUUCAUUAAAUCGAUGCCUGGCUGUAUAUGGUAACAUCGUUUGUUACAUAAAUUUACUUAUUACUGUUAUUAUUUUCAGUGUAUCAAUUCAUCCAGAUGAAGCAGGAAGCCAAAUCGGACUUGUUAUGAGUUAUACAAUGUUAUUUGUUUUUCCCUUUCAAACUGCUAUUAGGUAUGCUUCUGAAGUGGAUUUUCAGGAUCCAAUGUUAUUUACCGGUCCACUUCGAAGAAAUAUCGAUCCUUUCAAUGAAUAUUCAGAUGAAAUUCUGUGGCAAGCUAUAGAAGAGGUGCAAUUAAAGGAAAUUAUCAGUACGUUGCCUGGAGGAUUGGAUACACAUUUGUCAGAAGGAGGACGAAAUUUCAGCGUAGGAGAAAGACAGUUAAUUUGUCUUGCCAGAACGAUUCUUCGCAAGAAUAAAAUCCUGGUCAUGGAUGAAGCAACAUCAAAUAUAGAUAAAAAAACUGAUUCCUGCAUACAGAAAAUAAUUCGAGAAAAAUUCAAAUCGUGUACCGUGUUGACAAUAGCCCACAGGUUACAUACAAUUAUCGAUUCGGACAGAGUACUGGUUUUAGAUAAUGGAAAACUUCAAGAAUUUGACAGGCCAUAUAAAUUACUGAAGAAUGUGAAUGGUAAUUUUUAUAACUUGGUAAAAAAUUCGGGAGUUCCUUCCAUGAAUGAGCUAUUUAAAAUUGCUAAAAAUAAAUAUUAUGUUCAAGAAUAUAUUGAAAGAACGAGAUUAUAAUACAGUGGAUUUUCCUCGAUACGUAUUAACUUUUUGUGGAUGUCGUGCUGUUUUUAUAUUAUCCUGUAUUCGGAAUCAUCUGUUAUAAGUGCAGUUUCUGCAUGACAUUUAGGAUAUAGAAUUGUUAAAAUGUUUAGUAAAAACUUAAAUAGUAUUUGUGAUUCCUACUGUUAAAUUUAUGUGUUAAACAUUAGUUUAAUGUAAUCAGUAUAUUUGUUUAAAUAAUGUUGUUAGAAAAAUUAAGAAUGGGUUAUUUACAGA